AUAACAUAAAAUAGGAUACACAACACCUAACCCUUGGUCUCAUCAAGUAGGUCCGAAAAUUAGAUCCGGACCAAAACUAACCCGACCCGUAAACCCGAAUUACCAAGUCUAUUCACUGAAAGCGACGGCUCCUUCGUUGUGCAACUUUCCGAGAAACUUAACCGUCGUCGAAUCUGCAGAGAAGAAGACGAAGAAACUCGAAAAAAGGAAAGUUAGAAAAAAAUGAACCAAACGAGACGUAAGAGACGACCUGAUCCAUCUCUCUCUAGACUCGAUUCGCUCUCGCCGGAAAUGCUCUUUCCGGCCAAAUCUCCGUCGUUAACUUCUUCCCGCAUCAGAUACAUCUUCUUGUUACUCACCUUUUGUUUCAUCAUCUACAUCAUCUUCUCCUACGGCACCACUUUCCGACGUGAACAGAUUUCAUCGAUCGCUCGUUCCUUAUCUGUGUUCUCCACUCGUCGCCGUCACUUACUCUUCUCGAUCGCUGCUUCUCAUGACUCUUGGCUCCGUCGUAGCUCCUAUGUUCGUCUCUGGUACUCUCCUGAGUCUACACGCGCCGUCGUGUUUCUCGAUCGCGGUGGAUUGGAGUCCGAUCUAACUCUCCCUCCUGUGAUUGUAUCUAAAGACGUUUCUAGGUUUCCUUAUAACUUCCCUGGCGGUCUCCGAUCAGCGAUUCGUGUGGCUCGUGUUGUUAAAGAGACGGUGGAUCUGGGAGAUAAAGAUGUACGGUGGUUCGUUUUCGGUGAUGAUGAUACUGUUUUCUUUGUAGAUAAUUUGGUGACGGUUUUGUCUAAGUAUGAUCACCGGAAGUGGUAUUACGUCGGAAGUAAUUCGGAGUUUUAUGAUCAGAAUGUUAGGUAUUCGUUUGAUAUGGCGUUUGGUGGUGGAGGAUUCGCCAUUAGUGCUUCGCUUGCUAAGGUUUUGGCUAAGGUUUUGGAUUCUUGUUUGAUGAGGUAUUCGCAUAUGUAUGGAAGCGAUUCUAGGAUCUUCUCUUGCGUCGCUGAGCUUGGUGUUACAUUAACUCAUGAACCUGGAUUUCAUCAGAUUGAUGUAAGAGGGAACAUAUUUGGUCUGCUAUGUGCGCACCCUUUAUCUCCGUUGGUAUCUCUUCAUCACUUGGAUGCAGUUGAUCCGUUUUUUCCAAAAAGGAACCGGACCGAAUCUGUGGCUCAUCUUAUUGGAGCUGCAAGUUUUGAUUCGGCAAGGAUUUUGCAGCAGAGUGUGUGCUAUGAUUCUUUGAACACAGUGACUGUUUCGGUUGUGUGGGGUUAUGCGGUUCAAGUUUAUGAAGGAAAUAAACUUCUUCCGGAUCUUCUCACCCUGCAAAAGACAUUUUCUACAUGGAGGAGAGGGUCAGGGGUCCAAAGCAACUAUAUGUUCAGUACAAGAGAAUAUCCAAGGGAUCCAUGUGGGAGACCACUCGUCUUUUUCUUGGACAGUGUAGGAUCAGAUGGAACUGAGGGAACGUGGAGUAACUAUAACCUCCAUAGAGUCGGAAAUUGUCACAGAGCAGAAGCUGUUGAGCGUCUAGAACGAGUCAGAGUUCUGUCUCGCAAGCUGAAACAUGAUGUUGAACAGAUGGUUGCGCCUCGCCGCCAAUGUUGUGACAUCUCAUCACCUUAUAAUAAAUCAAUGGUCAUUAAUAUAAGGCAAUGCAUGCCGGAUGAGCUAAUCGCCAUGAACACUUAGCAUAUUUUCUUGGCCAUUCUCUUCAAGGAUCAACUAAAAAAGGUCCGUGCAAGCAAGUCCUAUGGUUCUUCUGCUCGAAAGAAAUGGCGGAAUCCGAGGUGGGUUCAGAGUUUAGACCAUCUUCGAAAAGUGUCUCAUACAAGACCCGAGCUUAAACCAUCCAGAAAACUCGCACGAUUUUGCAUUUAAACCAAAGGUUGUUUCGUUUUUUUUUUUGUAAAUUGUGUAAGGAGAUGAAGAAAACACAGAUCCUUCUUCUGUAUAUGGUUUGUCUCAUUCUCUACUAAAGUUUUGAGUUUUUGGUUAUUUGAGAAAGUCACUUGCAAGUUGCAACUUUUGUGUGUUUUGGCAAAACUGUAACAAUUUUGGAAGCCUUUCUUUUGUA